CGAGGAAGGGGGCGCUGGAGGCCGCCAUCUUUGCUUGCCUGGCUGCUCGCCGCGCUCCACGCUCGAGGCGGAGCUUCUGCCGCGUGCUGUCUGCAAACCAGGUCACCGUGUGAGACUGCAGGGCUGGGCGCGGGAAAGGGCCGCGUGGAUGGAUUCAAUGGCCAGUCCGGUGAAGGACAACUCCAGAAUGAAAAGCUACAAGAACAAAGCCUUAAACCCUCAAGAGAUGCGAAGGCGAAGAGAAGAGGAAGGAAUACAACUUCGAAAACAAAAAAGGGAAGAACAGUUGUUCAAACGCAGAAAUGUCUCUUUGCCCAUAAGUGAUGACUGUAUGCUAGAGAGUCCCAUCCAGGACCCAGAUGUCAGUUCCACUGUGCCCAUCCCAGAGGAAGACGUGAUCACAGCAGACAUGAUUCAGAUGAUUUUCUCUAAUAACGCUGAACAGCAGCUGACAGCAACACAGAAGUUUAGAAAGCUGCUUUCUAAAGAACCCAAUCCACCAAUAGAUCAAGUCAUACAGAAACCAGGAGUUGUACAGAGAUUUGUGAAGUUUCUUGAAAGACAUGAAAAUUGUACUUUACAAUUUGAAGCUGCCUGGGCAUUGACUAAUAUAGCGUCUGGGACUUUCCUGCAUACCAAGGUGGUGAUUGAAACUGGGGCUGUGCCAAUUUUUAUCAAGCUUCUCACUUCAGAACAUGAAGAUGUACAGGAGCAGGCUGUUUGGGCACUUGGUAAUAUUGCUGGUGACAAUGCAGAAUGCAGGGAUUUUGUUCUGAAUUGUGAAAUACUUCCACCUCUUUUAGAGUUAUUAACAAAUUCAAACAGACUUACAACCACCAGAAAUGCUGUGUGGGCCCUCUCUAAUUUAUGUAGAGGUAAAAACCCUCCUCCAAAUUUCAGUAAGGUUUCACCUUGCUUAAGUGUUUUAUCACGAUUGUUGUUUAGCAGUGACUCGGAUGUGUUAGCAGAUGUGUGCUGGGCCCUUUCUUACCUCUCUGAUGGACCCAAUGAUAAAAUUCAAGUAGUAAUCGACUCUGGAGUCUGCCGAAGAUUGGUGGAACUUUUGAUGCACAAUGACUAUAAAGUUGUAUCACCUGCACUGAGAGCAGUUGGUAAUAUCGUGACUGGUGAUGAUAUUCAAACACAGGUCAUUUUGAAUUGUUCUGCAUUGCCCUGCCUCUUACACUUGUUGAGUAGUUCAAAGGAGUCAAUUAGGAAGGAAGCCUGCUGGACCAUUUCUAACAUCACUGCAGGAAACAGAGCUCAGAUCCAGGCUGUCAUAGAUGCAAGUAUUUUUCCUGUUUUGAUUGAGGUUCUCCAGAAAGCAGAAUUUCGUACUAGGAAAGAAGCAGCAUGGGCUAUAACCAACGCCACAUCGGGAGGCACUCCAGAGCAAAUAAGGUAUUUGGUAACCUUGGGCUGCAUUAAACCACUUUGUGACCUUUUGACUGUCAUGGACUCCAAAAUAGUUCAAGUGGCUUUGAAUGGACUUGAAAACAUCUUACGACUUGGAGAACAAGAGUCUAAGCAGAAGGGAGUGGGCACGAAUCCAUACUGUGCACUCAUUGAGGAGGCAUAUGGCUUGGAUAAAAUAGAGUUUCUGCAAAGUCAUGAAAAUCAGGAAAUUUACCAGAAGGCUUUUGAUCUGAUCGAACACUAUUUUGGUGUAGAAGAUGAUGAUCCCAGCAUUGCGCCUCAGGUGGAUGAAAGCCAGCAGCAGUUUGUAUUUCAGCAACAGGAGGCACCAAUGGAAGGGUUUCAGCUCUGACGGGCACUGGGGAAAG